AUGGGUGAAAAGUCUGACGGUAGCGGGCAGUGGAACCCAGUUUUGGGUGACAAACCUGAUGAUCAAUCAUCGGUAACGAUUGUUGUGUUUGCAGAUGAUCAGAAAAAUCUUGAUGCAGGAAUACGAAAACUUGAGAAUCUUCUUGAUGCUGAUUUCAAAACCAGGGAUAUUCGAGAUGACGCUAUUCCUGAUCUUUCUCCGGAACAGAUGAAAGCUUUGAUGAAUCUGAAGGAUGAGUUCGAUGUAGAAAUUAAUAUAGAUACACAAAGGAAAAUAGUUACCCUUUUUGGAACCAACGAUUCGUUACUUGAUGCUACCAGUUAUGUUAAAGACGUGUUACGAAAUGUUGAUCGCAAUAAACUUGAGGCUGAGUAUAUAUCAGACGUCGUGACUUGGUAUUUUGUUGACAAUUCUGAUGGCAAAAAUGAAUUAUGUGGUUACCCUAAAGACAUAAAUCUUCUUGUGGAAAAAGCUUACCGUAACAAACGACCAGAUGUCCAGUUCCCUGACGAGCAUGGUACACAGUACACCAUUGACUUUUCCAAAAUGGAAGAGUACCCGAGCGAUGAUCCUAAUGAUGUCGUGACUGUAACUAGAAGAGACAGAAUCCAAGGCAUGAAUACUUUCUCACAACUCUCAUUUUCCUGUUUUCUCUUUCAACAUAGAUUGCUUUCCCAGACGAAUUAA